GUUGGCGCGAUGAUUUGAUCUUGGAUGUAGUAAGCGAGGUACGAAGAACGGACCCCAGAGUUUCCUGUAAGCUUUGGGGUUGGUGACCUGCAACUAACUCACUCAUUGGAUCAUGCUCCUGAAGUUGUAACUGGCAUGAGCGUAUUUUGGCUGCUGUGCAAGCAGAGUGUAAGUCGCAGGGUGCAGUGGUUAGUGCUGUUGCCUCACAGCGAGAAGGUCCUGGGUUUGAGUCCAGCCCCUGUGUGUGCACUCCCAACAUCUGUGUGGGCACUCUGGCUGCCUCCCACCAAAAACAAGCCCCUGCCUCAAUUCUGAACUGGAUAAGUGGGAAAAGUUGAAUUGAUUGAUAGAUUUACUGUAAGUCUUCUAAGCAGUCAAAGAGGAAAAAUCACAUUGAUUAAUCUGUCAUAAAACAAGGUGAUGAUUAAGUGAUUCAGAUUGAGGUGUUUCGGGAUCUUUUAGGAUACUUUAGAUGACCAGCAGUAAAUCCAGUUAAAGUGAAAUUCCAGCCUGUGGUGAUCUCUUCAGGGCCCUAAAGUGAGAAACUACAGCUUCACCUGUGAAAGAAAAACAUGAAAUUAUUUUAAAUGAAACUAACAUUAAAGCUAUGAGAGUAUAAACGUUUUAUCCCAAAAGCAAGAAAGAAAUCCAGCAUUGUCUUCACGAGCAGCAUGCAGUGGACGAUUUUGAUCACUUGGGGGAGGUAGUAACCAAGGCUACCGACUGCAUUAAUAUCACAGCCACGUAUGAACUUAUCUUUUCCAAAAUUGCACUUAGAUUAGAGAAUGAUGAAAAGACGUCGGGAGCACUUUGUGUUCCUGUUCUCAACUCCAGCAACAUAAAUCUAAUAGUUUUAGAAGUGAGAUGAAGGCAGAUUGUCCUAACAUUCAAAAUUUGACGCCUCCCGGCUAAACAGAAAAAAUGAUUCAAGGGAAAAAUUAAAGGAAAUCCUUUUCAGCUCCUUCACUUCGAUCAGAUGAGGGAUAAACAACUUAAAAAUGAAACCACAAAAAAGUAUUUCCCCACAAGUAUGUAAUUAUUAUAAGACCUCACGUCUAUCACCCAAAAGGAUGACAUGAUGUUUCCUUAAAAUUUUCUUAAAACCCCAGAUUGCAUUAUUAAAACUUCUAUAAAUACGAAUUUAUCUCCCUUUGUUUUUUGUUGUGUGUAGAUUAAUGACAUUAAUGAACAUUUCUCCAUUCUGCGUAAUUACGCACGGUCAUCCAUGGGCACGGUGUGUCCAGUUCCAGCAGAACGAACACCAAAAAGCACAGUGCGUGUUAUUUGUGUGCAUGUGUAAAUAUAAAGUGACCAGCAGCCUAUAGGCUAUCCAACUUGGGUUUUGACGUCACGCGUCAACUUUUGUGAUAUUUACGCGGAGGGCAGCGUUUAAGUUUUGUCUUUCUGCACAUCGGGGUGAAAAGCGUGAUGUGCAGCCCGUCAGGCCGAGGACAAAAAGGAAAUAAAAUCCCGUUUUGUAGGUCAGGUAUUUUGGGAAUAUGCCCGCUGCGCGCCACGUGCGUAAUGACGAGUGCGCCUGUAAAUAGAUGAAAUAAGGCGUCGAUACUUUGGAAUGAAAGAGAGCACACCAGCGUAGUGUCUCCUGACGGGGGUUAGGGAAAGGAAUUAAUCAUUUCACCGGCAACACCGGCACUUCAGUGCGCGUUUGUGCCACCUCCAGACGGCUCUCCAAGUCCAUGGAUAAAAAGGAACACGAGGCGGCAGAAUGGUUGUUGCAGGAGCGAGUAACGGGACUUUCGGCAGUGGCAACAUGAGGUCGUCGUUCAUGAUAGAGGACAGAGUCGGUGGCGGAGAUCCCGGGGGCUCCACUAACAUGAUGAUCUCGGAGGCUCUUGCGCUUCGGCUACUAAAGGCUGCGCAAGGCGCCGCAGAUGCAGCGGCAGCAGCGGCAGCAGCCACUUCUCCGUCCACCUCCAGUCAGCCGCAGGUCAUGGAGACGAACGGGACCCGCUGCGGGGAGCAGAUCCUGAGCUACGGCCGGGUGGAGAAAGUUCUGAUCGGCGCGGUGCUCACCAUGCUCACGCUGUCCACGAUCUGCGGGAACUUGCUCGUGGUCAUCUCCGUCUGUUUUGUCAAGAAGCUGCGCCAGCCGUCCAACUAUCUCAUCGUUUCUCUGGCAGUGGCCGACCUGUCUGUGGCUCUGGCCGUGAUGCCGUUUGUCAGUAUCACGGACCUUAUCGGCGGUCAGUGGAUAUUCGGUCAGUUCUUCUGUAACGUUUUUAUCGCCAUGGAUGUGAUGUGCUGCACCGCGUCCAUCAUGACUCUGUGCGUAAUCAGCAUUGACAGGUAUUUGGGUAUCACUAAGCCUCUGACUUAUCCUGUCCGGCAAAACGGCUGCUGCAUGGCCAAGAUGAUCCUGUCGGUGUGGCUCCUCUCUGCCUCCAUCACCCUCCCCCCUCUGUUCGGCUGGGCACAGAACGUCAACGACGGCAGGGUCUGUCUCAUCAGCCAGGACUUCGGAUACACUGUCUACUCUACAGCCGUGGCCUUCUACAUCCCCAUGUCGGUGAUGCUGAUCAUGUACUACAGGAUCUACCGAGCGGCCAAGCUCAGCGCAGCCAAGCACACCAUCACUGGCUUCCCCAGGGAAGGGGAACACCGAGCCGUGGUGACUCUUCGCGGGGGGAGAGGAGGGCAUCAGCCAGCAGAGUCGGGAGAGACGGGAAGUGUCGAGGGGACGGAGGUCGAACAGGUGGAGGAAGCCGAGGAAGAGGAGAGCUUGGACUGCGUGGCAGCGGCACUGAAGCUCCAGCGUGAGGUGGAGGAGGAGUGCAGCACACGCGUCUCCCGCCUUCUCAAAACCGGCGAGCACCACCAACGGCGGAAGAGGAAAAACCAGUCCAUCUUCAAACGGGAGCAGAAGGCUGCAGCCACUCUGGGCAUCGUAGUUGGCGCCUUCACCUUCUGCUGGCUGCCGUUCUUCCUGGUGUCCACUGCCAGGCCCUUCGUCUGUGGCGUGCAGUGCAGCUGUGUGCCCCUCUGGCUGGAAAGAACUCUGUUGUGGCUUGGCUACGCCAACUCCCUCAUUAAUCCCUUCAUUUAUGCAUUCUUCAACCGUGAUCUGAGGACCACCUACAGCAACCUCCUGCGCUGCCGCUACAGGAACAUCAAUCGGAAGUUGUCGGCGGCUGGCAUGCACGAGGCUCUGAAACUGGUGGAGAAACCAGACGCUGAUGCGUAAAGCUGUAGGUCUGCCAAUCAGCAAGGCUGCAGAGACCAGUAUGGAAAAAAAUCCACUGGGGCUCAGACUGUGGCACAAGGCCAUUGUGCUGACAGACCUUUUUACCCUCCAGAUUUCAUGAGGAUUGCCAAGGCGAGAGGAGGCAAGAUGCUGCGAUUAAGUGGAUGUAGAGGAAGCCUAAGUGUUUCACUCUGGAGAAAACUGGGAGAAAACAGAGCUCAGUGGUGAUGAAUUCAUACUGUUUAAUUAGUGGCAGCUGUUGCAGGGAUUCUGAAGCCCACGAGGAAGGGCUACCUUGGUGGAUUUGAAACUGGCUGCAAUGUUGCUGAAGAGCCUUUUGCACAUGACAUUGAUGCAAAAGCAGGAGGAGCUACACACCCAGACUUUGAUCUCAGCUCCUGUCAUGGAUGGAAAUGAUCUUACUCAGUAGCCAGUGACUAACAUUUCCAUUUCUGACACACUAACAACGAGAAAAUAAAGAACGUCUCGGAGCUCAACCGCUACCAAAUGUGUUUACUUUGCGUUGUAGUUAUCACUUUUUUUAAAUGUAGAGUGUUUCAUCAGUGAACAGCCGUAACAAGUGGACACGGUAAUGAUUAAAAAGUAUGUUAUGUAAAAAUUUAUGUACACAAGUCAAUAGCCACGCUGUUUUUGUAACAAAUGGUUCUGAUCUGUUGUAACCUAAUGAGUUGAUAUCAUUUGAAGAUGAGCCAAAAUGUGCUCCCUUUCCUUCUACUCGUGUCAUGACCACCUCUUUAUUGAAAACUAUUUACUGAUCAUUUAUUUCUGUGAUAUGGCAGCUAAUUAAUGAGCAAGCAAGGACUCUUAGGGAUGAGAAAAUGACGUGAAAUGCAGAACACGAUGAUGUUGAAGCGGAGCUGAAGGUGGAGUAGAGGGAAACAACAUCAUUGAGGACGCUUUCUGAAUGUGCCUGUGCCUUUUUCUGCUUUGUCGGUUAAGGUUUGGUUGCAGCACACAAGAGUCUUACACUGUGUUAGAAAGUUGAGACAACGUGCGACUUUAGCCUUGUUGUGCAUUACAUAACAAAAGAAACGGCCAAUAAAAUGGGCAGUAUCCUCUCAAACAGAGAUGAAUGAUGGACAGACUCUAAGUUUUUAGGAUCUAAUCUUUUGACAUGACACGCACCAAAAAUUAUUUUCACAGUUAAUUUAGCAGUUGACUAGUUUUCGGGCUACAGUUCUGUCUCAAGUGGAUCCAAAAACAGUAAAAUCACAGUUUCUUAUUCCACAAAGUGAUGUCUGGAGGUGUUUUUUCCUGCAUGAUGAGCUGACCAAUCUACAGUCAUCAAAAAAAUACCCCAUGUACCAGUUUCAUUUUGAUAAAUUAUGUUUCCAUUCUUUAUAAUAUAUAAAAAUCUUAACAUUAAUAUAUUAUAUGGACAUUUUUUAAGACAAAUCCAGGAUCAGGAUUUGUCCUGCUGCUGGUAAACACCCCUGACCCAUAACUGGCGUCUCCUUUGAAGUCAAAUAUUGCUUAACUCCAGUUGCUGCUCAAAACCCUGUGAGGUCAUAUUUUUCCAACUGGGCCCAGCUAGAAAUUAGGAGAUCCCGCUUCACAGAAAUUUGUUGUAAUUCAUCCAGCUGAACAGCAGGGGGCCCCGGUGAGACAAUCCUCAAUGAGCAUGGAGCUAAACAAUUAAAAUCAAGAUUUAUGUGUCAUUCUAGGGAAUAAAAUACAUAAACUGAUGAUGUUUCCUGUUUGAAGUAAAACGACAGUUCUGCUGAUUUUUUUUUCUUACAUAGAGGUCAAGUUAGCUUAUAAAUGCUAGCAUCCCGCUAAUCAGCGCUAUUAGUCGAGUAAGAAUUUUACCAUGGGACCAACACCCUUAUUGGCACCUUUGUCCAAAUGAUAACUACACAUAAGACAUUAAACCAGGACAGCAGUUUCAGUGUGUGUGUGUGGGGGAAGCAGCUGGUUGUGGUGGGUGAAGGCAAUGCUAGCAGCCUGCUGCCUGCAGAAAGGCAAAAUGGGAUGCCGUGAAAUGCCUCAGACACACAAAAUGAUUUUAUGACGAUGAAAAUUUAUGGUCUAAACCCUUUCUAUAUAACGAUGAUGGAACAUCCUCGUAGCCCUGUUCAUUCUGGAUUCGAUUAUUUCAUUCACAUUCUCUAACUGGUGAUAAAAGCAUGGAGGAAGCGUAAAUACGGCUUUUUUUCCUAAAGAUUAGUUAGAUGUGAUCAUUUAUUAGGAUCUGUACCACCAGUGUUAAUUAAAUGACCUCCAAUAUGUUGGGCUGUCAUGCUGUUAAUCUUCUCACCUCCUGUUAUUAUGGAGUUUUAUGUGAUCACAGACACUAAUUACGCAGCCGUCAUUCCCGUGUAGCUCUGUCUCAGCCUACAGGGCGACGCCCCGGGAGGAAAUCUGAUGUGGAUGUUAAAGGAGAGAGAGCAGAUCACAGCCGCUGUCUCGUGGUGUGUUUAAUCUCCCCCAGAGAUCGAGAGCCUCUCUGCUUGGAGUUUAAUUUAAAGUUAAAAGUACAAGUUUAGCUCAGGGGGAGUGACAAAGUGCACAGAGCUUUUGUAUGUGCACAAGUUUUAGUGCAACAUCCUGCAUGCACCAAGCAGCUGCAACAUCAUGCUGACAGUAGGAACUCUGGAACUGCUUGCUUGGUUUCUUUCUGGCAACAUUAUUUUUUAAUGUGUUCUUCUUAAUAUGCACUGACACGAGUAGGAGAAAGGCGUUAACUCUUAUUCCUCAAGGACUGCAGUAAUGUUUUUUAAUCCUUUGAGGAGACUUUGUGUUUUACGAGUAUUGGUACACUCUGUGCUGCUGACAAUUUGUCCUUGUUAACUUGAAAUUGUACAACAGCUAACUUAGAAGGAGCAACAGAGAGCACUCAGUCAGUUUUACCAAAAUCUCUUUUUACUGAAGAAGUGUGAACACUGCAAUUACUGCCUUUAUUCUCUUUUGAAAUGUUAGUUAAAGCUGCUCUCCGCAAGAUUAUUUUUAAAUAAAAAAAAUGCGCUAAGCUACUGAGCCUUAAUUACCGAGUUAGCAUGGCAGCAGAGAUGAUACAGAGAAGCCAGCAGGACGUCUGGUUCAUGUGACAAACUGCUGCUGCCCUACAACAGAAAGUUCACUCAGAGUAAAACGGGACUCGAACGCUUCUCUAGAUUCUAGAUUUUAGAUUUUUUGUCAAGUAUCAAGUGUGAUUAAACAUCAUAAUGAAACACAGGAGUGGGCCAUAUAUAUUUUCCCAAGGGUCACAAUGGAAACCAGAACCAGUGAGCUUAUAAAGAGAUAAAAUGAAUAUUGAGCAGAACUGACUUCACUUUUUUCUGCAGCCCUCCACAACAGUCCAAGUUGGAAAAAUGAAUUGCCUGCCCCUGAUAUAGGACAUCAGCUAUAAUAGGUAAAUCCAUCUUUUUCAGUCACACUUCAGGGUUCUGCCCAGUCACGCCUUUGCCAUGUGACUAAGGGAAUUAGUUAUUUUGGGGGAGGUGAGCUGAAAAGGUUGAGAACCAUUGAACUGUACUCUUCUGGGCUCAGCGCCGCCGUGGCAUGGCUCCAUUUCCCGUCAUAGAAUAGACGGAGAAUGGUUGCCAGGAGCACAUUUUUCCUGAAGAGCAUCCAAAAACUCUGAAGAGCAGAAUGUUAUCAUUCACAUGCAAAACUCAAACUAUCUGGGAAGCGAAGCUGUUGUUAUCUUGACAACAUCUCGUGAAAAUAUUCUCAGUGGCGUGUCAACACAUUGGUGUGAGAUAGGAAGGGAACGACUGCACAGCUACAGGCUGAAAAAAAAAGAAUAUAACCCGUUUGUAUGACAUCCAGAGGAGAGAGGAGACAUGCUAAAAGGUAAAUGGAAAGUAGAGGUGCACCCUGGCACUCAGUGGCUGUCACCUGCAUCUCAGUAUGUGACUGAAUGCUCGCCUCUUUCAUCAAACUAGUCAUCUUCACGCAUGAGAGCGCUGCAAUGAACCGGAGCUAAUUUUAAAGAAAUUGAGAGCCUGCGUCACAAAAAGUAGAUUUAUGGAUUUUUUUCAGCGAGGGAACGGGAACCCUCAGACUAAACGUGCACCAGCAGUUCCCACAAUGAUCAAAAAAUGACUCUUGGGUCGGCGCGGUCACAUGGUUUCUAAAGAAUCUAUGAAAAGACGGGGAAUGUGGAGAUAUCAGCUUCUGCUAAAUUUACACAUCAACCAAAGAUGUGAUUGUUUAAAGGCAGAUGUUUUAUUCCUUAGUAUUCCUCAUUUGAGUCAAAGUACACUGAAAACACUCUGAGAAAAUGACUGUUAACUCUAAACACAGAAACUGUGACACUUCAGUAAGGAUAAUAAAUAGACAGAUCAACAUUUAAGGCAUCUGGCUGGAGGGGACUUAAAUUACCUGCUGUCUCUUGCUAAUAGCUGCUUUAGAAGCCAGAUGUUUGGAAAUGUUCAGCCAACAGUUGCUUAUCCUUUUGAGAACGUCCUCAUCACAAGCUGUUUUUGAACAGGGAGGCUCAGCUCCAUAUUAGAUAUAACCUGUGCUCGUUCAUAGCAUCCAGUCUUUAGUCUGCACCACUUUCCAUUUGCGUGAAUGGAUGUGUGUUGGUUUGUCCUGUUUUGAGAGUCAAACAUCUUUAUUUGUUUGCCUCUCGUGGAUGCUGAAAGCCAGCACUGCCCAUUUCAAAUGUCUGCCGCUGCACAGUGACAACACUCUACUGAGACGACUCCAUUAAUCUGUCACUGAUUGGCUGUGUGUUAAUCCUCCCAUGGCACUCAUUGGACCAAUUGUUUUUUAAUCGUCAACCUGCUGUUUCAUGUCAAAAUACUAGAAGAAUGAGUCAGCUCUGUGGACUGGAGACACUCAAAGCUCUGGGCUCAUUCUAGCCUACCGUUACUGGACGAAUGCACAAAUAAGGAUUUGUGUGGGAAAGGCUAUUUCAGAUGAUCUUUGGCGGUCACCAGUGGGCAAAUAGCACAGGACUCAGUCAGAAAAAUAAAAAAUAUGUGAUGGCAAACGGUAAAAUAUCCCAUCCAGUUGUGUUGUUUCUGGCACAACAGAGGGAGAUCAUUCCAAACCAUCCAUCUUGGUUAAUGAGAAGCCUCAGCGGCGCUGCUUUGAGUUAUCGUCAUCAAAACUGCUCCACAUCAGAUAAAAGGUAGAGCUAGCGGACUGACAUGGUCAGAAUAGCAAGUGGGCCAAAUGCAUCCUUUUGGGACAAAUAAAACCCGAGCUCUCAGAUUGGUAUGGUUCCUGGGCCCCAUUCAAACACUUUUUUAAAUUAGGUUUUCAUACUAAGGGCAAUGUUGUUCACUGGGACUAUAUGGGACCUUGUUCUGUCAGCAUUAUCAAAGUACAAAAAACAGCUCUCAUGGGAUAGUAUUGCUUUUUUAUGCUGUUUGCCACUGUGUGAAACUCCUGUAUAUAUAUUAAGACUAAAAAGAGAAAAAAGGAAAGCGCGAUGGCUCCAUUGGCCCCUGGUGACCAUAACAGCUGGGCUUAGCGACCCAUGAAGCACAGCAGGAGAGUCUCUACGGCACUUCUCGGCACAGAUGCGGCGUGUAUUUGACCAAUCAAAUUGCUGAAAUUUCUUGUAUAUGAGUCCAAAACCAUUCACGUGGAAAAGACUGUAACAUAUGUUGUUAUUGUCAGAGUGAAACCUUGUUGGUUCCAGUUAAUCAGCCUUGUUUUUGACCCAAUCUGUAAGAUUAUUUUCAAUCAUGACUCUUCAUACUGAAACGACAUCAGCAGCAGUGUUGUAGGAUUUGAUAAGAAGCAGCCAUGAUGGAGAUGUCCUCCUGUCCAGUUAAAACUCUUUAGACUUGUUUUAGAUGUAAUCUAUAUUUUACAGUCUGUACAGUUUUGUCAUGGUGCUGAGUGAUGGCUAAAUUUGUGAAGUGACCUUUCUUGCCCAAAUGAAUCAUUAAAUACUUAAAAAAAUAAAACAGGAUUGAUCUUC